AUGCCGGGUGUAGGGAACGCAGCCAUCAGCAACCGCGGAGAAAGACGCCGAGCUGUCAGGUUUUAUGCGCGAGUCGGCAAGCCGAGUGCGGUUGAGUUAGUCAUUUCUCCAACGCGCGACCGGCGAUCAGUAGCGAAUUUGGUGGCGAUCGUGAUCCUGCCCCGGGAAAAAUGCGGCCUCACCACUUGCACCACUCGCUACCUGGUGGCCAUGGCAACGGCGGAUCUGCUAACCGUCACCUUCCAGAUCGUUUUGUGGCGGGUCAGUUAUUACUACUUCCCCGGGUCCUUCCUGGACAUCACCCCCGUCUGCAGUGCGAUCUCCGCCCUGGGAAUGAUAGCCACGGAUUGCUCGGUCUGGUUCACCGUCACCUUCACCUUUGAUCGGUUUGUCGCCAUUUGCUGCCAGAAGCUGAAAACAAAAUAUUGCACCGGGAGAACUGCGGCCGUGAUUCUGACAACAGCCGGUGUUCUGCUCUGUUUCCAAAAUGUCCCGUUCUUCUUUAUCUAUCAGCCGGUGAGGGUGAUCAAAAAUAUACCCUGGGACUGUUCUCGGAAGUCGAGCACCCAGACGGACCCCGCGUGGCAGGGGUAUUUCUGGCAAGACACCGUCCUGACGCCAUUGCUCCCGUUCGUGUUAAUCCUGCUGCUCAACGCGCUGACGGUCAGACACAUUCUAGUGGCCAGUCGGGUCCGUAAGCAGCUGCGGGGUCAGAGCAGUGGGGAGAACCACCGUGACCCGGAGAUGGAGAGCAGGAGGCGGUCUGUCAUCUUGCUCUUCGCCAUCUCCGGCAGCUUCAUCCUCCUGUGGUCGGUGCAUGUUGCCGACUUCCUGUAUUACACCUUUGCCGGAAUGGAUCCCAAUAAUGACACGGUCUCAGUCUACAUACUUGAACACUCCGGCGACAUGCUGCUGAUAUUAAGUUGCUGUACGAACACGUUUAUUUAUGGGGUGACUCAGUCUAAGUUCAGACGGCAGUUCAUCAGCGCGGCGAAAUAUACGCUCACCUCAAUUAUUCAACUGAUUAAUAAACAAAAGAUCUGA